AUGAUCAACGAGGUCAACGCUGAACUUCUUGGUCUCUAUUUGCUUUUAAUCACCUAUGGUAUAUACUUGGUCGUCUUCUUUCAAUGUGUUCUCGUAUUUCGUCGUAGGAGCUUGGAUGGUCACCACGGGACCUUGUGGCUUCCGGUGGCUACCAUCCUCAUUUUCGUGGUCGCUGCCAUCCACCUGGUGACCUCGCUUAUUCGUGCCUGGGAAGCCUUCUCUUUCAAGGCCGACGGAAUCUCAACUGCCGUCAAAGUGUUCCAGGGAGUGGCGAGUUUGCCUUCACUUCUGAAAAAUGCAUCAUUCAUAGCGCAGACUAUUUUGACCGACGCAAUCAUGGUAUAUCGCACGUAUGUCGUCUGGGGUCUCAACUGGGAGAUCGUCAUUAUCCCUCUCGCACUGUUGUGUGCUGACAUAGCCAUGGGAACUUGGUCAAUGUUCACAUUAGCACGCACUGGUGUCAACGGAGACCCAAUUGUUGCCGAAGUCGUAGUACGAGUCAAGUAUUUCUACAUCGUUACACUUGCUCUCAAUGUUAUGUGUUCAGCCCUGAUCUCUUGGAGAAUAUGGCGAGUCGAAAGCGAGGCCAAGCUCGUUACUGCCAAGGAGAACGGCAAUCGCAGGCCCGAGCCUGGGAUGCGCAUCGGCAUGGUGAUUAAUGUGAUUGUUGAGUCUGCCGCUGUAUACUGUGCAUGUCUGGUUGUGCUCAUAGCCACCGCUGCAUUGAAUUCGGACGUCAUGUUUGCCAUUCUAGAUUUUAUGCCGCAUCUUAUGGCCAUCAUCUUCUCUCUCAUUAUCAUCAGAGCCGCCAAGGAAAAAACGUAUCCAAAAACUCACACAAGCAUGGCAGGCACCAUGCAAUUUAUGAGACGUUCGCGCACUACUGGGGUGACGACUACUACUGAUGUCCACCCGGACUCGAGCCUUGCUACCAGGGACGGAGGGCGAAUCGAUGGCACGACAUAUGAUGACGAUAGUUCUGACGAGAUGAGGGCUGAUUUGGAGAGAGGCUUAACAACUUCGCUGAAUAAAAGUGGGGAUGGGAUAGUAACAGACGGGCCCUGUAUCGAGGUAAUCUCUUUACGGGAUAGAGGGACAGUGAAGUAAGGGAGUCGACGAGCCAGG